AUGAAUGCACCCUGCAUCCUGUCGCUCGCUGGUGGCUCCCACUCCUGCUCGCUGCUUCUGGGACCGCUGCUGAGACCUCAGAUCUCCUCGUUGCUGCCUGCUCCCUACCACCUCUCAGCUGAGAGGCGGACAGGAAACAGCAGGCGCUCAGGUCGGCACUGGCCGCUUCCACGCCUGUCUUACCAGUGGUUGAGUCACCGUAUGCAGAAUAUUACUGGUGACAGAGGAGUGUUGAAAGAAAUAAUCCGAGAUGGCUCUGGUGAGACAGUCCCUCCUGAUUCAUCAAUAUUAGUGAAAUUUUCAGGGUAUUUAGAACACACGGACAGACCCUUUGAUACAAAUUGGUUCAAGAAAAACCCCAAACUCAUGAAACUUGGUGAAGAUAUUACUCUGAGGGGUUUGGAAGUUGGAUUACUCACAAUGAGAAAAGGAGAGUUGGCAAGAUUUCUCUUCAAGCCAAAUUAUGCUUUUGGAACUUUGGGUUGCCCUCCUUUGAUUCCUCCCAAUUCCACAGUCUUGUUUGAGGUUGAGCUUUUGGACUUUUUGGACUCGGCAGAAUCAGAUAGGUUCUUUGACCUGCCUCCUGAGCAACAGGAUAGAUUUCCACUGGAGAAAAUUAUAAAGGUAGCAGAAACAGAACGUGAAUUUGGUAAUUACCUCUUCCGUCAAACACGUUUCAUGGAUGCCAAGGAGAGGUACAAGCGGGCCUCUUCAGUACUCAAUCGUAUAUGUGCCAAGGAGAUUGAAAAAGACAAAGUUGAUGCUGCCAGGCUUCUGGUCUUCCUGAAUUUAUCUUUGGUUUGCUUGAAGUUGGAACGUCCAGGUCGAGCCCUAGCCUAUGGCGAAAAAGCCUUAGAGCUAGAUAAAAAGAAUGCUAAAGCCCUCUUCAGAUGUGGCCAACUUCUGGAGAUGGUAAAUUCUCAGCCUUUGAUACAUCGCGUCAGCAAGGUAGAUCUUCUACGUGCCUCCAAAGGAAAGGCUGACAGCAACCGGCCCUUUGGAAAGAUGCUGCAGACACUGCGCUAG